AUGGAGAAGCUCGACUCCGCUUCUUCGCCGCGGUCCCCUCGGGCGCCCUCGGCUGAGGCCGAUCCCCUCACGCUCGAGGUCCGGGGCUUUCUGGAGGUCUUUGGAGUCCGCACGGGGCAGUCCAGCGACUCAAUCGGCUCGCGGCGCAGCUUGUCGCUCUCCCGCGGCUCCUCCCUGGGCCGCACUGCCACUCCUGCUGCUGCUGCUGCCAAGACUGCAGCAGCAAGGAAGGCCCCGGGGGCCCCCGGAGACGCAGCAAAGGCCAAGCAGCAGGAAAGAGCUGCUUCCGUACCCUCCAAAAGCCGCCUGGUCAAAAAAGCUGCCCCGGGGGCCCCCAAAGCAGCAGCAGCAGCAGAAAAGGCCCCCACAGCAGUGCGGCUCGUGAGUGCUGAAGCCAAAAAAAAAGGAAAGGAAGAUUCUUCGGAAGCCCCCAAGGAGCUUCCCCACAGGCUGGUGGAGAAGACAGCAGCAGCAGCAGCAGCACAGGACCCCAAGGCUGCUGCGCCCGACGCCGCAGCAGCAGCAGGCCCUGACGACCCAGCAGCAGCAGCAGCAGCAGACGCCCCAGCCAAGCAGCAGCCCGCCGCAAAGGCAGCAGCGGGGCCCCCCACGGCCAAAAGGGUCUUAGCCAAAAAAGAAGCUCCUCCAGAAAAGCCCUCAGAAGAAGCAGCAAAAGCUGCAGCAGAAGCAGCAAGAGCUGCAGCAGAACCGGCAAAAGCUGCAGCAGAAACAGCAAAAGCUGCUGCAGCAGCUCCCGUGGCCAAAAGAAUCAUAGGAAAAAAAGCAGCACCGGCCAGCCUGCUGCGCAAGGGAAGCUUGGGAGCAGCAGCAGCAGCAGCAGAAGGCAAGGCUGCUCCAGAGAAACCUGCAGCAGACGCCGGAGAUGCAGCAGCAGCAGCAGCAGCAAAACCAGCAGCAGACGCAGCCCCCGCAGACAAGGCAGCACCCGAAGCCGCAGAACCCAAAGCUGCACCAAAAGACGCAACAAAAGCAGCAGAAGCAAACGCUACAGCAGAAGAAGCAAAAGGAGCAGCAGAAGCAGCAGAAGCAGCAGAAGCAGCAGAAGCAGCAGAAGCAGCAGAUGCAGCAGAUGCAGCAGCAAAGAAAACUGCAGAAGCUGAAGAAGCUGCCGACGCAAAGAAGGACGCAGCAGCAGCGGAUGCCGCAAAAGCAGCAGCAGCAGCAGACGAAGCCGACGCAGCAAAGAAUGCUGCAGCAGAGGCAGCAAAAGAUGAAGCUGCUGCGGGGAAAGCUGAUGCAGCAAAGGAUGCAGCAGCAGAAGCAGAAGACGAUGCAGCAGCAGCACCAACAAAGCCGGAGGCUGCCUCGGGCAGCCCGGAUGACCCGUCUGCAGCAGCAGCGGCAGCAGCAGAUGCUGACGCAGAUGAGAAGCAAAAGGGGGAAAAAGAAAAAGAAGAAAAAAUAAAAGUGGAGCAGCAAGCAGCAGCAACAAAAGAAUCAAAGAUGCAGGAGUCAGCAGCAGAAGCAAAAGAAGCAAAAGAGGGGGGCCCCCAGCAGCAAACUGCUGCUUCUGAAAUAGCUGUGGAAGCAGCAGAAGGAGAAGCAGAGGAAGGGCCCCAAGCAGCAGCAGGGGCCCCUGCUGCUGCUAAAGCUGCUGCAGCAAAGAAGGCCCCGGGGCUUGCUGCUAAGGCAGCAACGCCAGCAGCAAAGACUGCAGCAGCAGCUGCGAAGACACCGGCGGCAGCGGCAAAAACCCCAGCAGCACCAACAGCAAAAACGGCAGCAACAGCAGCAAAAGCCCCAGCUGCAGCAGCAGCAAAGACACCUGCCGCAGCAGCAGCGAAGACACCAGCUGCAGCAGCAAAAACGCCGGCAGCAACUGCCAAAACACCAGCUGCAGCAGCAAAGACGCCAGCUGCAGCAGCAGCAAAGACGCCAGCUGCGGCAACUGAGGCUCCAGGUGCAGAAGCAGCGAAGACACCGGGUACAGCAGCAGCAAAGGCACCAGGUGCAGCAGCAGCAAAGGCAGCAGCUGCAACAAAAGAAGCAGAACCAGAAGCAGAAAAAGAUGGGGAAGGAGAGCAGCCGGAAGAAGAAGAAGCGGCGCAGCAGCAAGAGGAAGAGAGCACCGAAGGAGCAGCAGCAGCAGCAGCAGCAGAGGAGCCUAAGAAGGCAGCAGCAGCAGCUCAAGCCCCUUCGGCUAAAGUUCCCUUGAAGAAGGCAGUUCCAACUCCACCGCCAGCAGCAAAAACUGCUGCAGCAGCAGCAAAAGCCGCGCCAGCAGCAGCAGCAAAGACAGCAGCAGCAGCAGCAAAAGAAGCGUCCGCAGCAGCAAAAGAAGCGUCCGCAGCAGAUGCGGCGAAGGCAGGACCGCCAGCAGCAGCAAAGACGACGACAGCAGCAAAAGCAACACCUGCUGCUUCCGGGGCAGCAAAGGCAGCUGCAGCAAAAGCUCCAGCAGCAAAAGCAGGCUCUGCAAAGGCUGCAGCAGCAAAGGGAGCAGCAGCAGCAGCAACAGCAGCAGCAGACUCCCAAGCCGAGGCGAAGAAAGACGACAAAGAAGCAGCAAAAGGCUCUGCUGCAGCGCCAAAAGCAAAGGCACUCAUGCACAAGGCUGCUCCUAAAGCAGCAGCAGCAGCAGCAGCAGCAAAGGCAGAGCCCGAAGUUUCUAAAGCAGCUCCGGGGGCGCAGCAAAAGGGGGCCCCCAAAGAGGGAAAAGCAGCAGCUGCCCCUACACGACGCUCUUCCGAUCUAGAAGCAGCAGCAGCGGAGGCAGCAAAAGCAGACAAAACGCCAGCAGCAGCAGCAGCAGCAAAAACGCAAGAUAAGGCUUCGCCCAAAAUCGCAGCAAAAGCCAAACCCGCAGCAGCAGCAGCAGCAGCACGCGAUGAAGUCCCCACGAGCCCUCCCAGCGCGAAGACACCGAAGAAGAAAGCAGCUCCGGCCUCUCCCUCUUCAGCAGCAGCAGCAGCAGGAGCAGCAGCAGCAGCAGCAGCAGCAGCAGAGGGCCGCAAAAGCGAAAGCCCUCAGGGAGAAGCCAAAAGAGCCAGCAGCAAUGAGUCUGAGGGCCCCCACAGAGAAGACACUCCAGCAAAGCUCAGCCCCUCUGGGGGCCCCCCUUCUGGGGGCCCCCGUGGGGGCCCCCCAGGAGGGGGCGCCCCUGGGGGCCCCCAUGGGGGCUCCCCAAGGGGGGGCCCCCCUGGGGGGCCCCCCGAGGGGGCCCCUGGGGGCCCCCUCGACGAGUCUGAUGCUUGGUCUGUUUCUUCUGAUGGGUUUGUGGGGGAAAGAGCAGCAGCAGCAAACAGCAAAAGCGACAGCAACAGACCUGCUGCAGUGCCGCGGCUAAGCCACAUCCCCUCGAGGGACAGCGAGGGCCACAAGAGCUCGGGCGACAGCUCCGACAAUAAAGGCCUUGAAAAGAAAACCAAGAAAGAAAAAGCUGCUAAGGGACCCAAGGCAGCAGCAGCAGCAAAAGACAGCAGCAAAGGCACUCCAACUCUCAGCCGGAAAGGCACGGCGCAGCUGCUGUCGCAGCAGAACAGCAAGCAGCUGCCAGCUGCAGCAGCAGCAGCAGAUAAAACAAAAGAGAAAGAAAAGGAAAAAGAAAAAGAAAAAGAAAAAGAAGCAGCUUCUCUUAAGGGCCCCAAGUCUCGCGUUGGCAAACUUGGCCAAGCAGCAGAAGAAGAAGCAGCGGCUGUUGCGCCUCUGAAGCACCUGAGCAGCAAAGGGAAGCAAGGUGCAGCAGCAGCAGCGCCAGCAGCAGCAGCAGCAGCAGCAGAAGGCAGCGCGCGGCAGACCCCGAAAGAGAGUGCGCAGCAGCCCAGCAGCAAAGAGCUCAAAGAGAGAGCAGCAGCAGCAACAACAGCAACAGUGGCACCAGCAGCAAUUGCUGCUUUGAAGGCACCAGCAACAGCACAAGUGAUUACGGAAGCCAUUCCAGCAGCUGCAGCAGGAGGAGCAGCAGCAGCGCCCGCAGAAGCAGCAGCAGCAAAGCCACAAACUGCAGCAGCAGCAGCAGCAGGACCGGAGAAGCUGCAGUCGUUGCGCGAAGUAGGAAAAGCAGCAUCAGUUGUGUCGUUUAAAGGACUUUCUCCGCUGCAGUCUUUUUCGAGUUCGGAGGAAGGGGCAGCAGAAGCAAAAGGUGCUGCUGCUGCUGCUCCUGCUCCUGCUGCUGCUUCCCUGGCCAAACGGUUUGCUGCACUGCAGCAAAACAAAGGGGACUACGGCAACUCCCAAAUCUCCCCGCAGCCUUCAAGAACUUCCACGGGGCUUCAGCAUUUGGCGUCUCUCUCAAAGAAGCUGCCUUCGAGCAGCAUGUCGAAGCUGGCGUCUCACCAGUCUGUGAAGGGGGCCCCCGGGGCCCCGGGGGCCCCCGGGGGGGCCCCCGGGGGCCCCCAGGGAGGCUUCGGGCCGCUGCCGGGCCAUUUGCUGCUGCACACCCGCAGCUUUUCUCCCGCGCUGCUGGAGAAGAGACUGGAGACUCCACAAGUCCAUGGGAAGUUGCUGCAGCACACUACUUACAUGCGGCAGCAGCAGGUGCCUUGGCGGGUGCCAGAGCGGGCUUCUGCAGCGCCAGCAGCAGCAGCAGCAGCAGCGCAGCAGCAGCAGCAGCACAGGCGCAGCGGCUGCAGCAACGCCUUCGUCUUGUUCUCCCAGUGCUGCGGCCUCCCCUGCUGCGAUAUACCGCAGGAGGCCCGCGUGGAGCUGCGCGGCCCUGAAGUCAAGAGAGCCAGCAGCAAAGUUCCGAAGCAGUUGAGUUCCCAGGCCUCGCUGCGAGCAGCUCCUUCUCGCCAAAGCAGCAGCAAACCUGGAAAGGGUUCAGUAGGUGGGGGCCCCCAGGAAGCAGCAGGUGCUGCUGCUGAGGGCCAGGGGCCCCCUGCUGCAGCAGCAGCAACAGCAGAAGCAGCAGCAGGGUACUGGGAUGCCCAAGGCAACUGGGUGCCCACAGAGGGGGGGGCUGUAGACGGCGGGCAGCAGCAAGGGGGAGAUGCAGCAGCAGCAGCAGCAGGAGACGCAGCAGCAACAGGGUACUGGGACGAAAACGGCAACUGGGUGGACACUGCAGCAGCAGCACAACCAGCAGCAGCAGCAGCAGCAGGCUACUGGGACGAACAGGGAAACUGGGUGAGCACAGCGGGCUACUUUGAUGAGCAGGGCAACUGGGUGCAGCAGCAAAAUGACUACCAGCAGCAGCAGUGGCAGCAGCAGCAGUGGGACCAGGAGCAGCAGCAGCAGCAGUGGGACCCGCAGCAGCAGUGGCAGCAGCAGCAGUGGGACCCGCAGCAGCAGCAGCAGUGGGACCCGCAGCAGCAGCAGCAGUGGGACCAGCAGCAGCAGCAGCAGUGGGACCAGCAGCAGCAGUGGCAGCAACAGCAGCAGCAGCAGUGGGGAGACGGCUAUGCAGGCUACUACGACCAGCAGGGCCAGCAGGGAAACAUAGAGCAGCAGCAGUAA